CACCACAUGUGAUCAGGUAGCAUUUGUUAAACAACAAUUACUUUGUGAAAGAGGAGGUUAGCAACCAGUUAAUAAAGAUGAUUAGGAACUUGGCUAAUCUCACUCUUGCAUUUGGCCUCCUUGGCAACUUUGUUUCAUUUAUGGUCUUGAUUUCUCCACUACCAACAUUCUACAAGGUGUACAAGAAGAAAUCAACCGAAGGGUUUCAGUCAGUGUCAUACGUGGUUGCCUUGUUCAAUGCGAUGCUAUGGAUAUAUUAUGCAUUGCUCAAGACCAAUGCCAUGCUUAUCAUCAUCAUUAACUCUGUUGGAUGCGUUGUUCAAACUUGCUACAUUUGCUUCUUUCUCUUUUACGCCCAAAAGAAGGCUAGAAUGGAGAUCAUGAAGUUAAUUGUGUCGUUGAAUGUAGUUGGGUUCGGAUUAAUAGUUGUCCUCACUAAGUUUCUUGUUAGUGAUGUUAAUCGCGGCAUUAUAGUUGGAUGGCUUUGCCUUGUGUUUUCUGUAUGUGUUUUUCUAGCACCUUUGGGAGUUCUGAGGCAAGUGAUUAAAACAAAGAGUGUCGAGUUCAUGCCGUUGCUAUUAUCCGUUGCGCUUACUAUUAGUGCUAUUAUCUGGUUCUUUUAUGGUCUUCUCCUCCAUGAUGUCAAUAUUGCGAUUCCAAAUAUACUUGGAUUCACAUUUGGUAUUGUUCAACUGAUCCUAUACUUCAUAUACAAGAACAAAAAGCCAGUUAUUGCUAAAAAGAUGGUUGAUUUUGAAGAGAAAAUCUGCGAAAUAGAAAAGGAAAAGAUCCCAGAGCCAGAAGAGCAUAACACAAUCAACGUUGUGCAACUGAGUGCUUUAAUCUGUUCCGAUAUUCUUCCAGUCGUUGCAGCAUUAAACAAAAUAGGACACGAAGAGGAUUGUGCGACAGUUGGAACUCUACCAGCUGGACGAUUUGAACCAAAUCACUACAUUGAAGUUUCAGCAUGAAAACACACAUCAUGUGAUUUGGAGUCACAAAAAAAAAAAAAAAAAAUUGAAUCUACUGCUGGUUCUAUAUUGAACUUGAUUAAAGCGUGCCUUCUCUAUUAAUAUGUCGUCUUUGCUUUCAAGAAUUUUACCAUCUAAUGUUAUAUGUCUUUUUAAUUCUAUAUGAAAAAUAAUGUUAU